AUGGCCGACGUCGACAUGGCAGACGCCCCCACUACCGCCGGUCCGGUCACCAAGAAGAAGAGCGGACCUGCGGCUGAUGCGGUCGGCAAGGACGGCAAGAAGAGAUUCGAGGUCAAGAAGUGGAAUGCCGUUGCCUUGUGGGCGUGGGACAUCGUCGUCGACAACUGUGCUAUCUGCCGAAACCACAUCAUGGAUCUCUGCAUCGAGUGUCAAGCCAACCAAGCAUCAGCUACCAGCGAGGAGUGCACAGUGGCUUGGGGUAUCUGCAACCAUGCUUUCCACUUCCACUGCAUCUCUAGAUGGCUGAAGGCCCGACAAGUAUGUCCCUUGGACAACAGGGACUGGGAGUUCCAGAAGUAUGGCCGCUAG